AUGGCAGAUGCAAUCACCAAGGAGAUAUGCUAAAUUGGCGAGGUGAAUUCUUAAAACUUAUAGCUAGAUAAACCCAGGGACCGUCUGUAAGGAGGAUUUAGUUGGUUUGUAAUCGUGUAAUUUCUAAUCACAUGUCGGAAAUUGCAUCAUGGGCAGCCAGUAUUAUCUUGGUUGACACCUCGGCCAGAAAAUUCGAUUUUCAAAGGGCAACCUAAAUCAGGAGUACUGCACGGUGACCUAUCCUGCACUCCAGCUAGUGUGCGAGCCUAUUUCUGAAGGAGCAUAGCCAUAGAUAGAUGCAAAUCAAGGCGAAGAUAAAUACCGUUUUAAGGUAUUUCAGUGGGUUUUCAAUAAUUUUAGCUAAGAAUUAGGAUUAGGAUUAUUAAAAGUCAGAUGCAAGCCAUAUUAUUGACGCAGUCACCAAAGAUCUCGCGUACGGAAGGUUCUACCGCUUUUCAACUCCAGUCCAGAGGGUCUAUCCCUCUUGCGAGUGCCCUUCAGGUACCUUCUGUCUUGAGGCUUCAGUCUUGAGUUGGCGGCUUAUAGAUUUCUGCAGCCUUGAUACGGGCGAUUGGAGUAGCUUGAUUCCAAGGAUCCUUAAAUCUAUCGGAUGUCGAAGUGCCUUUCUUCGACAGCUACAGGAAAAGACUGUCUCCCUGUGGCCUGGGCCGAAACCCCAGUUUCUCUGUAGAGGAAUGCCCAUGGGUCCUCGGAUCUAAAGGAAGUUGUUGAACCCCUCCAUUUCCAACCCACAGGAAAGCAACCAAAACCUACUCAAUACACACCUCUUGAGCCUUCUCAACUUGGAGUCCAUCCCAAUGGGUCGUCGCCAUAAGGUCUUGACUGCUGUGCCAAGAGGGCAGGUUGACACGUGCCGCCAUUUUAAUAUAUUAAUUUCAACUAAGAACUAAGUAAUCACCAAAGAGCUUGAGCCAAUGAAAACAAUUCUUAUUGAAAGCUUAUGUGAGUUUUUAGAAACAGGGGAAAGAGCAGUGAACACAAAUAAUGAGUACGUGAAAUGGAAUAUGAGAAUCAAUGAACUCGCUGACAGAGUUUCAAAUAGUCACCUUCUAUAUGACUAUUAUAUAAAAACUAUUCAAGACUAUACUAUUAACGUUGUGAAAAAUGAUCUCAUAAAACUGCAAGGGGAAAAAUUAUUAACUCUCCUUUUAAAAUUGGAUGUUUAAUCAGUAUUCUAUUUUGUUCCCCUUUAAAAUAGAAUUUUAUUGGUAAGUUCCUAUUUUGGGGCAUUAAUUUAAGUGCUAAAGCUAUUUAUACAGAAAAUGAAUUUACCUAUAAAAAUUAAGGUUUUCUCAAAUUUGAAGGAGUUAAUUUACUCGAAAAAUUGAAAUUUUACCUAUAUUUUGCCCCGAUUUAAAGGUAAGAGAGUAAGUAGAUUUGCAUGGAGAUGGGAAAAUCAUAAAAUUUUAGUUUUCUAUAUAAGAAGAAUAUUCAGCUACUUAGAUAGAUAUCACGUAAAAGACUUCAAAAAAGCUACAUUAACACAAGCAGGGCUUAACAUCUUCAAAAAAGAAGUUUUUGAUGAAGUCUCAGAUCUUGUCAGAAUAGCUCUUAUCAAUGAAAUCACAAAAGAAAGGGAAUCAAUUGCAAUAGACCGAGACAGGCUAAAAAAAUGUUUAUUUUGUUUUGUUCAAAUGGGGCUAAGUAACGCAGAAAUUGUAAAAGUCCAAGAAUCAAGUGAAAAAAGAGACAGGCUAGUAUGAAAAGGAAACCCAGAUUUAAAGUAUUAUGAGACUAUUUUUGAAAAAACUUUUCUUGAAGACACAAGAAUCUUUUUUGCAACAAAAUCAAGCCUAUAUAUCACUUCACUGAGCUGUCCUGAGUUUUUAAAUAAAGCAAAACUUAUUAUUGAGCAAGAAGAAGAAAGGGCUGAUAAACUAUUUGAGCCAAGCACCAAGCCAAAAUUAAUGAAUUAUAUCAUUGAUGAACUUGUUGCUAAUAAUGCUCAAUCUUUAGCAGAUAUGGAAGGCACAGGCUGUCUUGAAAUGUUUAAGCACGACAAAAGAGGCGAGCUUAGGAUCAUGUUUUUACUUUUCAAAAAGAGAGAAAAUACCUUACUCCCCCCUCCGUGAGUGAACAAAAUUUUUUAAUAGAAAUUUUUUUUAUGAAAAAAAUCUAUAUAUAAGUGAUAGAUAGUAUAAUUAAUCUAUAGCUAAUUUCUGUUUAAUUUCAAGAAAUUUGCGUUUUAAAACAUAAAUUUUAUGAUUUAAAUUAAUAUUGGCUUUCCAAUUUUUGCGAAUUAGGAUUUUUUUUAAAUUCGAAAAAAAAAAUUUCUAUAUAAAUUUUUUAGAAAAAAAAAUUAACCUUAAUAAAAUUUUUUUGUUCACUCACGGAGGGGGGCGUUAGAAAACAUUACCUCAAAAAUGGGGCCUUAUAUUAUCUCAAGAGGAUCCUCUAUAGUAGAAAAUCAAGAAUUGCAGCAAGACGCUAUUGCAUAUACAAAACGCUUAUUAGACUUUAAAAAUGAAAUUGACAGCUUAUUAGAGUAUGCUUUUGAAAAUCAUCACCUAUUUCAGAGAUGUCGUGAUAUUGCUUUUCAAGAUUUUAUGAACAAAUGUCCAUUUUCAGCACCUUAUAUUGCAUCAUAUUGUGAUAAUGAAAUGAGAAAAGGGAUAAAAGGGGUGUCUGAAGCUGACAUUGAGCAAAGAAUGAUAAACAUUGUGAAACUUUUUUCAUGUCUGCAUGAUCGAGAUAUUUUUAUAAGAAAUUAUACAAGAUUUUUAGCAAAAAGACUUUUAGAUGGGACAAGUUUGAGUGAUGAUGCCGAACAAAGCAUGAUCGCAAAGCUAAAAGUUGAGUGUGGGAGUACUACAGUUAGCAAAAUCGCAAAUAUGUAUCAAGAUAUCGCAAUUUCUGCAGAAACCAUGGCUGAAUUUAAAAAGCUGAGCCACAAAGGUAUGCCGCAAGGUGUUGCUUUAAAUGUGCAGGUAUUAAGAAGCGGGUGUUGGCCAGAGCAAUCCACAGAAGCCUGCAUGAUACCACCAGAGCUAGCUGAUUGCAGCAGAACAUUUCAAAUAUUCUAUGUAAAUAAGCAUCAAGGAAGAAACAUCACUUGGCUGCUUGGAUUUGGACAAUUAGAAUUAAUCACACUAUUUGCCAGCAAAACAUUUACACUAAUAAUGAACCCAUUUCAAGCCGCAAUCGUUUUGAUGUUCAAUAAAGGAAGCAGCUAUACAGUCUCCCAAAUCAGGGAAGCUACAAAACUAUCAGAAAACACUUUAAAAGCAAAUCUUAUUAUGUUUUUCAACCCUAAAAAUAAGCUUUUUAAUAAAGAAAGCAAGGGAAAAACACUGGAAGACUCUGAGACGAUAACAUUAAAUGAAAAAUUUUCAUCGCCAACAAUUAGAUGUGAUUUUACUCCAAAAAAAGUGAAAAAAAUUGAAGCAAGCUCUAAAGAAGAUGAGCAGGCUAUUUCUGCGGAAAGAAAAAAUAUUUUAGAUUCGGUGAUUGUUAGGAUUGCGAAGGCUAGAAGAGUUAUAAAGCAUCAAGAGCUAAUUACUGAGGUUAUUAGGCAGGUGGGUCUUUUUAGACCUCAGCCACCAAUGAUUAAGGCACAGAUUGAGAGCUUGAUACAAAGAGAAUUUUUAGCUAGAGACCAAAAUGAUAGAACAACUUAUAAUUAUAUCCCUUAA